AUGAUUUGUGAAUGGCUUUCAAGUGGCGAGUGGUGUGACGUUCAGUUGCAGUGUAGUGGUCACAUAUUCAACGCACAUCGCGCCGUCCUCGCUAGUGUCAGUAUUUAUCUCAGAGAAAUGCUUUUAUCGUGUACUACGGAAGAUUCUCCAGUAUUUAUAAUCCUGCCAGAUUUUGAUCUCGAUGCCAUGACAUAUGUCCUAUAUUAUAUCUAUCAUGGAGAAGUUAUAAUUCCAAAAUGUAGACUAAAUAUGUUUUUAGAAAUAAUUCAAACAAUGCAAAUAUAUGUUGAUCACCAAAGCUUACAAAAUUUUUGUGAUGGAGAGAAAAAACCAUAUUCGUAUGUUAAAAUGUAUCGCGAAAGUAAUGUAACCGUGACGAAUUGUAAUGACAUGACCUCUUUGGACUUUGUAAAUAAUGAAGGCCAACAGUAUGCUAAUUACAAGAAACGUGUGGAGAUCGAGAAUUACAAAGUACAGGGUUCAUCGGAUAGCAUAGAUUUUCGAGAUAAACAGAUCCGGUGUUGUAAGUGGAGUGAAAAAUUUAACUCACAUGUUAAAGAUCUAAAGACGCGAUUUGGGAACCGACAAAGAGGCUCAUUCCUACGUGAUUUAUUUAUUGAGACACAUGCUCGAAACGGUAAUAGUAACGGUCUGAUGGCGAGCGUGCAGGAAAUAUCAAAUGAACGCUAUCGUGGACCAAAAUCUGUUCUUUUCACGAAUGCUAAUGACAGAGAUCGCAAAGCCAAAGACACACACACAGAUAGCCCUGAAAUUUCGUCCGAACUUUAUUCUAAUUCGUCUCCGGCAUAUAAAUCACUGCGAUUUAAUAGAAAUUUCAUCUUAUCCGAUAAAUGUCAGUCUGAAAACUUUCAAGAAUCCCUUAGAAAUAAAUAUAAAAAAAGCCAAGUUAAUAUAAAAUUUUUGGUCGAUAGCGAUUUGAAAGUGUCAAAGGACAUGUUUAAAAUGAAUGAAAUGUACUUGUUUGAAACAGAAGGUACUACAUUAGACCUUAAAAUUACAUCAUCACAUUCUAAAGCUAUUGAUUUAACGCAUGCAAAAAAGCAUAAUAUUGAAAAAAGUAUUUUGAUAAAAGAUUUUGACAAGCAAGUCUUAACAAAUAACUUAAAUAAAAAAAAUGACUUACCUUUCGAUGUUCGAAACACGAUGGCGAAAGUGAGUAUUCUAAAUGAGGUUUUACGAAAUCCUUGGUGUUCACGAAAUAAUAAUUAUUAUAAGCCUUUUCGUAGAAAAAACAAUAAUCCGGUACAAAAAGAGACAGAUGUUAUAAAGAGUCAAAUCGAUUCAAUAAAUGAUGAUAAUAAUAACAUUAAUGUAAUAAUGCCGUCGCUGAUCUCCACCGAUUCUACGGAAAGGAAUUUAAAUAGUGCAAUUAAAGCUGCAUCAGUGACACCACAUUCACUUCAUCUGAAUGUUAGAAACGAGUUAAAAUGCACAAUUUGUAAUCAGAUUUUUAUAAGUACCGAGUCGUUUGCUAGCCAUAUGCGGCGCCAUUCAACGGUGACCCGCUACAGAUGUGAAGAAUGCUCUAAGACAUUUUCCCAAUUGCGUAACUUCAAGUAUCAUAUGUCAGUGCAUCGCGGCACAAAGGAGUUUGCCACUACUUGUCCCGUCUGCGGAAAAUAUUUUAACGAUAGAGGAUAUUUGAGUAGCCAUAUGAAAAUUCAUAAGAAUCGGAAAGAAUACAAGUGUACAAUGUGUCCAAAAUCAUUUAAUCAGCGUGUUGCAUAUAAUAUGCACGUAAGAAUUCACACAGGCGUAAAACCCCAUGUGUGCGAUGAAUGCGGUAAGGCAUUCUCUCGUAAGAUGCUGUUAAAGCAACAUCAGCGGACGCACUCCGGCGAGCGGCCAUAUGCUUGUCCACAUUGUAACAAACGGUUUGCUGACCGAUCCAACAUGACGCUACAUCUGAGACUCCACACUGGAAUCAAGCCCUUCUCAUGCUCGUUGUGUCCCAAAUCGUUUACGAAAAAGCAUCAUUUAAAGUCUCAUCUGAAUUUCCAUACUGGUGCUAAACCAUAUUCGUGUCCGAGAUGCAAAUUGGCAUUCACGCAAUCCUCCAACAUGAGGACACAUUACAAGAAAUGCAGCACGCAGGAAGCGAUACUCACAUCUGUAGCAAGUUCUUAA